CUUUAGGGCGUGGAAGGUAUGAUCGUCGCGAAAGAGCACAACAAAAGGUAUCAGAAACAAGCAAGGCCAUUCAAACUGCCAAAUCGUUCCAGAAAAUCCUUAUUUCUUGCAGAUUCUUGAAAAAUACAAUGUAGAACGGAACUAUAUUCUGAAUAUACCAGUUGAGUUUGUCCGAAAGUAUAUGCCAAAGACUUCAGAACUGAUUGAACUUCAAGAUACUGAUGGAAAUAAGUGGAAAGUCCGUUGCAUUAGGAGGAAACUUCGGGUGCUUUUAAGCAAAGGAUGGUUGAACUUUGUUACGGAUAAUAGUUUACUGGUAGGAGAUGUUUGCGUCUUUGAGUUGCUCAAGGACGUUCAGGCUGUUGAAUUAAUACUGAAGGUGCACAUGUUUCGCAAUAGGGUGGAAGAAAAUUCGAAAAAUUUACACACUGGUAGCCUAUCUGAACCAACUCUGUCUACCGGUAAAAAUUGUAUACUUCAGUUCGAUGAAAGUAAUCAUACAAAGAGUUCAGAUGCAUUCAAACCAUUAUCUUCAGAUAGAACCAAUCACAAGACUGAUACAGAGAAUUCAUUCGGGCAGCAACAGGAGAAAUCCGUAGUGCAUGGAAGCUCUGGUAAUCGUCGUAAAAGAGGACGACCAAGGGAUGCAGAAGCAAACACUGAUACAGAGAAUUCAUCCGGACAGCAAGAGGAGAAAUCCGUAGUGCAUGGCAGCUCUGGUAAUCGUCGUAAAGGAAGACGACUAAGGGAUGCAAAAGCAAACAGGGCAACUACUGCUGCCAAAAUGUUUACGCCAGAGAAUCCUUACUUCAUGAUAACUCUUGGAGAAUAUCACGUGGUGCGGAACUAUAUUCUGAAUAUACCACCUGAUUUUAGCCGAGAUUAUAUGCCAAAGACUUCAGAACCAAUUAAACUUCAAAAUUCUGAUGGCAGUAAGUGGACUGCACAUUGCGUUAGGAGGAAAACGUGUAUGUUUCUAAGCAAAGGAUGGGUACAUUUUGUUAGGGAUAAUAGUUUAGUGUUAGGAGAUGCUUGUGUCUUUGAGUUGAUCAAGGGCAUUCAGGCUGAUGAACUUACGCUGAAGGUGCAUAUAUUCCGCAAUAAGGCGGAACAAAAUUCAAUAAAUUGACGCACUUCUAGUGAUCUGAAUAUAUAUUGUCUAUUGGUAAAUGAGGGAGGUGAUAUUUUUUGAACAGUCUUCGUCACCUUUUUUUUCUUUCCAAUUGGAGCCUUUGUAACUCCAGCGGUUGACAUGUCGAUAUUAGAAAUACAGAGGCUAUUUUCUUGA